AUGUCCAUCCUCAGUUCCACCGCGACCAUCUCCAAACCGCUGGAGAGCCUCGUCGCUGAUGAAGCUGUCGUAAACGCCGUAACCCUCGUCGGCUUCACAGCCCUCUUAUAUGACCAUGCUAUCACAUUUGGUGACGAGGUGAAUUACAUCUGGAAUGGGCGCAUGGGACUGGUAUCAAUCAUCUUCCUCUUCAACCGAUAUCUAGUACCACUCGUCCUCGUUGUAGAUGUAUAUGAAACGAUUGGCCUGGCGACAAAUACAGCUUUGUUCUGCAAAGUCUGGACGGCCGUACAGAGCUAUCUCACAAUAGCGUCCUUCAUGUCCAUCCAUGCGAUUGUUGCAUGGCGACUUUAUGCCCUUCAUGGGGGACAACCGUGGAUAGGCAGACUGCUGUGGACUGCCGGGAUAAUCUACUUCGUCACUUCUACAUUUAUCGUCACCUGGUCCCUCAUACCGGUUAUCAAACAUUUACAUCCGGUACAUCAUCAAUGUGUCAGCUCUAUACCCACUUAUCUGUGGACAACUUGGUUGCCAAGUGUCGUCUUCGAGUCACUCAUUUUUGGCCUUACACUUUUCGCCUUGAUUCGUCAUGAACUCCGACAUUCGUUCAGCUCGUUGUCCUUAUUGCUCUAUCGUGAUGGAAUGUUGUACUUUGUUGCUGUGACUUUGUGUUCUCUCUUUUCACUCCUUGUCUGGGCCUUGGCAGGCCCUGCGUACCUCGGUUUAGCCCGAUAUUUUGCAUUGGCCAUGGUCAACGUCGCGGGUUCAAGACUAGUGUUGAACUUGAAAGGAUACACCGCUUCACGGAACGCGGUUGACUACCCUACGGGUUCGCGUUCGCUGCCUUACUCCGCCGUAGGCUUCGGCGCGGGCGUAAACUUCGGGCGAGGCGAGACUGGCCCAUCCGACGACGCGCGUCCUGACGACGAGGAGUCAGGGAGCAUUCCGCUUGACCUGGAAAUGUACUCGAUUGAGCGGGACUGCCAGCAGUUGGGCACGAAGCUGAUGCGCCACGAUUGA